AAUCACAUGAAAGCCACUACAUGAGUAUGAACACACACGUUUUAUCCCACUACAUUUUUUCUUCCCACUACAUGCACUCGCGUAGUGGGAAGUAAGUUCAUUCGGAAACGUUAAUUCUCAUCGUCCUUGAUUCAGAAAAUAAAAAUCGUACUAUGUUUGGGUUUCCGGUGUGUAAGUGAAUUUUUUAACACACCUCGUGCAAUCCAGAAGAGUAGUUCACACACUUUACUCUAUUUGGGUUAAAAAGCGCGCAUGCGCGAUUAGAACUUCCUGUUGCUUAAAGAUGGCGUCAACUGAACUGCACUCAGCAUGCUCAGUAAGUUUAUUUUUUACGAUAGUAAGGAAAUAAUUACUUUUUUAAAGAGAGAUCUAAAAGAAGACUAAGAAAAGAUUAGUCAUAACGAUUAGAACUGAUGAGAGAAUCAAUGAUUACAUUAAUUGAAAGAUUAAUUCAUUGAGGGGAUAGUUUUUGUUUAAGAACGUUUGCUUUUUUAUAUAUAAAAUCCAAGAUUAGCAAUUAUUGUAAUGAGUGUUAUAACUUAGUAGUAUCAAUAUUUUGCAAAUAUAUUUCAAGAAAAACCAGUGAUACGUCUUAGACAAGGACACAAGUUAAUUGUAUUUUUAAAACAGACAAAAUCAUUGAUAUAUAAAAUAUAUUUCAGUGGGUUUUUUAUUAGUUUGAGGCUUGGUAGAAUAUAGAUGCAGAUAAACCAUGUCCUAUUCACGGGGAAAGCGUGCAGUGCAGAUAAGCUUGAAUAAAGAAGCAGUAAACCCAAUGAAGGCAAAGAGAAUAAGGCCAGAUGAGGAUGCUAAAUUUUGGUGUCAAGUAGGUUUAGACAAGGAUGGAUUUGAAAAACGAUUCAUUAAUAACACUAUAGGAUUCGGUGUAUUUACAACAGCUUUUUUUCAAAAGGGGGCCUUUCUUUUAGAGUAUGUUGGCAAUCGAAUAAGUGAAAAAGAGGCAGAAAUUCGAGAGAGAAAACGCAGGAAGAAAAAACACAGUUAUAACAUGUUUCAUUUCAAAUGGAAUAGGAAACAUGUUGUUGAUGCUACAGAUGUACCAGAAAGAAUGUGCCGUUAUGUCAAUGAUGACAAGAAGGCAAAUGCAACAAUGAAAUUGAAAGUUUUCAAUAAUUAUCCAAGGCUAUGUUUGUUUGCUCUACAAGAUAUACAUAUUGGAGAAGAAAUACGUUAUGAUUAUGGUGAUGAGAAUGUUCCUUGGAGGCAACACUUUCAUAAAACUAAGAUGGAGAUGAAGACAACUGAAGUUACAGAUGAUGAUGACCCCUUUGAUCUCAAAAAGCCAAGGUUUUCAGAGAAAAAGGAACAAUGCCAAAGCAAGGCCAAAGUCAGUUGCAUGCGGGAAAUGAUAGACUUAGUGAUGAUGAUGACAUAGAUGAGGAUGCUCUUUCUGGAACAAUGUUAAAGCAAGGCAAAGGUCGAUUGCAUGCUGGAAAUGAUAGACUUAGUGAUGAUGAUGACAUAGAUGAGGAUGCUC